AUGAGCUCCCUCCGCAUACUCAUAGCCCUAUGGGCCGCCAUGGCCCUAUGGAAGAGCGCAGUUACCGCGAUCCGCACCGCCGGGGAGCAGAGUGAGCUGGACGCGGAAGCUGCCUUCCUCAGCGAAAGUUUCCAGAACGGAACCGACUCCGAGAAUCUGGCCGAGGUCGGUGUGCUCGUGAGAGUCCUCUUCGAAAGCUGGACUUAUGUACAUGGCCGGAGUCAGCUUCAGACCCUUGCAGAAGAUGGCUUCACCAAGAUGGUCCAGAAAGCAGGGUCCUGGGAUGACGUCGUUUCUGCGCACAAGAAGAUCAUGUCCGCCAGCCUCCUCAAUGCGGGCAUGAUGGAAGACUAUGGCCUGGACCUCUGGCCGCACGGCGUGUGCGGUCUGCUUCUCAACGCGACGCACUACGGCAAGAGGUGGCGAUGCUUCUAUCCAGUGGAUGGCUGCACUGGAGGGCGAGAUGGCUCUGGCUGUGGGGAUCGUCUGGUGAAGUCAACUUCUGGUGGGAACUGUGAUAGGAAGACUGACGAACAUCAGUGCAAGUGCCGCGCGUAUUCCACGCCAGGCUGCUCCUUGACUGAGUGGUCAGCUUUCUCAAAUUGGAAAUGCAGCGGCUGUCCCUACAAUCCUGCUGGGGACGGGCAGAAAUCUGGAGGCUUGGCUGGAGGGUUGAAGAUGCAGAGAGCCUGGAAGGACACAGUGAGGAAAUGUGGCAGCUUCAGUGUCGCUGACCAUUAUCACGGACUCACCUACAACGAGGUCGUCCUGCCCUACGAUCCGAAUAACUCUCAUCAGGUGUCUGCAGUCUUCUGUCGCUCGGUAUCCGUCGAAACUGCACAAUACCGUCAGAGCCUUGAAGCAGCUCUCAAGCUACGCCACCUCUACGAGGCCAAGUUCGGCAAGGGAAUCCCGGUCUUGCUGGCAGAUUUCGCCGAGGCUUCGCCAUUCUCACCCCUGGAUCUACCGUUGGCCUAG